AUGACGGGAGCUCCGCCAUAUAAUCCCCAGUCCCCUACCCAGCAGCACCAUUAUCCUGGUUACUCUCCUCCAAACAAGAGCCGCCCCUUUUAUCCCAACAAUGACCAGUACCAGCAGCAUCCUCCCCAGACGCCUCCUGCAUUCCCUCCGCCGACCACCAUGUCCCGGAGCCCUCACUAUUCACAUGCGUCUCCGUUACCGGCGACCCUCCCGCCAUUGAACGGGAGUGCACCUCCGCCACAUCCUCCGGAUCCUUCGUCGCAGUUCCAGGCCCAUUCGUCAGCCGGAACUCCCCAGUUUCCUCUUCCCCGGCCCUAUUCUGGGUCCGUCUUAUCGAGCAACGGCGCAUCUCCUUACGGUCCCUCCACUCCGUCCCAUGCCCAUCCGACUGGCAGGCCCGAGGGCCAUUUGCAACUCUCUCCAAACAAAGACACAGAAUCAUCCUAUCUAGGCGGCACUGGUGUUGCUGGGUAUCCGUCCUCUAUCAUGAGAGAACCAAAGCCGGCCUCCCCUCCAAAGGAAGCAAAGCCUGCCAGGGCUGCAGACCCCAUGUCCUUCGCUAGUAUUCUCUCAGGGCCGGCCGAAGAGCGCUCUCCUCCUAAACGACAAUCCCCCCCACCAGAGACGACACCGGCACCUGUAACGUCAACACCACGAGAAGCAACGCAGCUUAGCCCGCCUCCGCCAGCUCAUGUUCCUCCAUCGCAUCAGAGAGUGAAAGAGCAGGAGCAGGUAUUACCCAGGCUGGAGAAAAAGCCGAGCUCGGAGAAACGCCGUCGCAACGCUGAGCAGGACAACAAAGCGCGUGAACCUUUGAGCGGUAUUUCAACCAACGGUAGUCUUGAGCCAACCAAGGCGUCUACUCAACCAUGGGCUUUCCUCAACCCCCGUAAGGCUCUGUCCGAACGGGAGACGGAAACCAUCAACAAACUUAUGGUGGAGAUUGACAAUGCGGAAAAGAGUGAUGUGGAAGCCCCUGGGUUCGAAGAAGAGUACGAACAGUACAAAUUGCAAAGUAAGAGACGGGCCUUGCAUGCCUUGAAAGAGGAGGGCACAAAGCGCAAGCGUCGCCGAAAUGUGUUCCUGACCAACCUUGGCAAAUCUCUUGAGAAGCAGGCCUCUGCGGGAAUGGACCGGUUUCGGAUUGCCAACGAAGCCUCCGUCAUCUCCGAAGUCCAAGCUAAAGAAAUUCAGGAUGAGAAGGAACGCAAGAAGGACAUGCAGAGGAAGCGUCGUCGGGAAAAUACGGUACGGUUGGAGAUGCAGAAGAAGCUUGAGGCCGAGCGCAAAGCGAAUAAGGCUCAGGACUCUGCCGAGAAAGCCAAGUUUUUGCGUGAAGCAGAACGAGCACAAAGGAAAAUCAAGACCACCAAGCGAGCCCUGGAAGGUGUCACAGCGCCUGAAGAGAUCGGUGAAGUCACACCGCUGGCACCAAACCUCGAAGGUGGCACGACCAGCUCCUUCCACAUCGGCCGGAGCUCCCCCUCGAGGCGGAAAUCGGGACGUGCAGGUCCUGUUACACGACCCAAGAAAUCGAAGGAGCAAAAGCAAGCCGAGAAAGAUGCAGCGGAGGCCGCCUAUGCUGCCAUGGAAAAUGAUGAGCCACUUCCUCUUGCGCCCAAAGAAGAUCCGCGUAAGGAAUCUCUCAAGAAGGAAGCUAAAGGCAGCCGCUCCAAGGAGAGUAGCCCUGCACCCCUGUCCGCCUACGAAACAAAAGGCUACAAUCAGAUUUAUGAGCAAAUCUGGCGAGAUAUUGCUCGUAAAGAUAUUCCCAAGGUCUACCGCAUUAAAGCCCUCUCUCUCAGCACCCGCCAGGAGAAUUUGCGCAAGACUGCUCAGCUAGCCAGUAAGCAGUCUCGUAAAUGGCAGGAACGUACGAAUAAGAGUAUGAAGGAUACCCAAGCCCGGGCCAAGCGGACAAUGCGUGAGAUGAUGUCAUUUUGGAAGCGCAACGAGCGUGAAGAGCGUGAUCUACGCCGCCUUGCUGAAAGGCAGGAAAUUGAGUCGGCCAAGAAAGCAGAAGCAGAGCGCGAAGCCAACCGCCAGAGACGCAAACUCAAUUUCCUUAUAUCCCAAACCGAACUAUACUCUCACUUCAUUGGCCGCAAAAUCAAGGGUGCCGAGGGAGACUCCGGUGAGGGAUCGGAUGAAACAAUUCAAUCCGGUAAAGAUCAAGAACAUGCUGUAGAUCUGCCCCCCAGCGCUGCGGAUGCUGGCGCUAAGGUGACCAACUUUGAGGACCUCGAUUUUGACGCAGAAGAUGAAUCAGCUCUACGACAGGCAGCAAUGGCCAACGCGCAGAAUGCCGUUAAGGAGGCUCAAGACCGAGCGCGAGCCUUCAAUGACGGACAAGAUAAUAUGGCUGCUUUGGACGAGGGUGAAUUGAACUUCCAGAACCCCACGAGUUUGGGUGACAUUGAGAUUUCGCAACCCUCCAUGCUCACGGCGAAACUAAAGGAAUAUCAGCUGAAGGGUCUCAAUUGGCUUGUCAACUUGUAUGAACAAGGUAUCAACGGUAUCUUGGCCGAUGAAAUGGGUCUGGGAAAGACUAUUCAAUCUAUCUCUGUUAUGGCCUACCUCGCCGAAGUUCACAAUAUCUGGGGCCCAUUUUUAGUUAUUGCGCCCGCCUCGACCCUACACAAUUGGCAGCAGGAAAUUACCAAAUUUGUUCCUGACAUUAAAGUUCUUCCUUACUGGGGUUCAGCAAAAGACCGCAAGAUUCUUCGCAAGUUCUGGGACCGCAAGCACAUCACCUACACUAAGGAGUCCGAAUUCCACGUGCUAGUGACAUCCUACCAACUGGUGGUCCUCGAUGCGCAGUACUUCCAAAAGGUUAAGUGGCAAUAUAUGAUUCUGGAUGAAGCCCAGGCAAUCAAAUCUUCGCAAAGCUCCCGUUGGAAAAACCUCCUAGGGUUCCACUGUCGUAACCGUCUCCUCCUCACUGGUACGCCUAUUCAGAAUAACAUGCAAGAGUUAUGGGCUUUGCUCCACUUUAUCAUGCCCACUUUGUUUGAUUCUCACGAUGAGUUCAGCGAGUGGUUCUCCAAGGAUAUCGAGUCUCACGCUCAAAGUAACACCAAGUUGAAUGAGGACCAGCUGAAGCGUCUCCAUAUGAUCCUGAAACCCUUCAUGCUUCGUCGUGUUAAGAAGCACGUUCAGCAGGAGCUUGGGGACAAGGUUGAGAAAGAUGUCUUCUGCGAUCUGACCUACCGUCAGCGAGCCUACUACACUAAUCUGCGAAACCGCGUUAGCAUCAUGGAUCUUAUCGAGAAGGCUGCUAUUGGCGAUGAGGCCGACAGCACGACGUUGAUGAACUUGGUCAUGCAGUUCCGGAAGGUUUGUAAUCAUCCAGACCUGUUUGAACGCGCGGAAACGAAAUCGCCCUUCUCUGUCGCACACUUUGCGGAAACGGCCUCCUUCGUCCGAGAAGGCCAAAACGUUGAUGUCGGUUACUCGACACGUAACCUGAUCGAAUAUCCUUUGCCACGCCUUCUAUGCGGCUCUGACGGCCGUGUUGAUGUAGCAGGACCCGGUAAUCUACAGGCCGGUUUCCAUGGCAAGUACCUGGCUCACUUGAUGAACAUCUUCGCCCCGGAGAAUAUCAAACAUAGUGCCGCACACGAUGGUACCUUCUCUUUCCUACGCUUUGUGGACACUUCCAUAAAUGAAGCGUACGAGCAGUCCCAUCAGGGUAUCUUUGAGCGGGCGAUUCGCCAGCGCGGUAAAUCCAACAGAUUGUCUCGGCUCAACGUAGUCUAUGAUGACGAUGAAACAACGAUGGCAUCCGUCCUUUCCCAUACCAUGUUCAACAUCGUCCAACGUAACGACCAGCAUGCUAUUAACGAUGUCACGACAGAGGGGCACAUGCGGGAGCUAACGACCGUGGCGCAGUCCGUCUUUGAGCGUGAAGGUCUGGGCAUUAUUGAGCCUUGUGUCAGUCCCGCAGCGUCUGCGCCCCCGAUUACCGUUUCGUCCUCCAGUCGAGCGCCUUUGAACGAAAUGAAUGAUAGCCUAUUCAAUGUUUCAGUCCGCCAUGCCUUAUUCAGCACGCCUUCUAAACAGCUUGAACAACAGAUUCUUGAAAGAAAGCUGGACCCUAUUCCUUACUCACUUCCGCCGAUGUUGCCGCAGCCAAUAUCCAUCAAGGGGCGCUACACACACAUUGAAGUGCCAUCUAUGCGUCGAUUCGUUACAGAUUCAGGUAAAUUAGCCAAGCUGGACGAGCUCUUGCGAGAACUCAAAGCAGGCGGCCACCGUGUGCUACUCUACUUCCAAAUGACACGCAUGAUUGAUCUAAUGGAAGAAUACUUGACCUACCGCAAUUAUAAGUAUUGUCGUCUGGACGGAAGUACGAAAUUGGAAGACCGUCGCGACACGGUGGCAGAUUUCCAGCAGCGUCCAGAGAUCUUCGUCUUCCUUUUGUCUACUCGUGCCGGUGGUCUGGGUAUCAACUUGACUGCAGCAGACACGGUUAUCUUUUAUGAUUCGGACUGGAAUCCUACCAUUGACUCUCAAGCUAUGGAUCGCGCUCACCGUCUCGGCCAGACGAGACAGGUCACGGUAUAUCGUUUGAUUACUCGCGGCACCAUUGAGGAGCGUAUUCGCAAGCGAGCUUUGCAGAAGGAGGAAGUGCAGCGUGUCGUCAUCUCAGGCGGCGCAGCUGGUGGGGUUGACUUCAAUACACGCAACCGCGAGAGCCGAACCAAGGACAUUGCCAUGUGGCUGGCAGAUGAUGAACAGGCGGAGCUUAUUGAGCAAAAGGAGAAGGAAGCGCUGGAUCGAGGCGAAGUGUUUGGCGCCAGUAAAGGCGGGAAGAAAGCUGCUCAGAAGAGAAAGAGAGAUAUCACGCUGGAUGAUAUGUAUCAUGAAGGCGAAGGGAACUUUGACGAUGCCAGUGCAAAGCCAUCCGGAGCGGCCACUCCUGUGUCGACCGCGGAGAAUUUAGGCACCCCAUCAUCUACGCCAGUUCCUAAGCGAGGACGUGGAAGGGGGACAGGGAAAGGCACGUCUAAAAGAGCCAAAACCACCAAGGAGCGAUUACGUCUCAUUGAUGGUGACGGAGGCUUAGGGCCUAGCUGA